AUGGGCUUGAAGGUAUCCCCAUUAACAAAAAUAAUCUCUUUGUCCGGAUUUCUGGCAUUGGGAUUUCUCCUGGUCAUUUUGAGUUGUGCUUUAUUCCACAAUUACUACCCUCUCUUCGAUAUUCUCCUUUUCUUGAUAGCUCCAAUCCCAAAUGCGCUCUUUAGUAAGCGUAAUUUCGAGUCCAGUGAUUUUAUGAGCGAGUCAAAUAGUAACGUGGAAGAUGUGGGUAAUUUCUUUACAGGUUUACUAGUUACAAGCGGGCUUGCUUUGCCCACUGUGUUUUACCAUUGCCAUUUGAUCAAUCAGUUAAGUUGCAUCAUGAGCACCAUUGGUGGUAUUGUCAUCUACCUAAGCAUUGUUGUAUUCUCGUGGUUUUUUAAUGCCGGAUGGGAAGAGGAAGAUGAUGGCUUGUUUGGAUACUAA